CCAUCAUCAACGCUGCGCUGUUGACGGGAAAAAAAUCCCUCAAAAGAUGCGCCUCUCUUCGCGCUUAGAAGGAAUUGCAAUUUUCGGGAAGGGAGGGAGGGGAGGGGGGGGUGUCGCAUAGUACUGAUCAGCCGCCGCUAUCAUCAAGCCACCGUUGGGACCUUGCCAGAUGGCGCACCGCUUUACCUCCUCUCCCUCCCUCCCCCCCGUCCCGGCCAUCUUUCGGCAGUCUUUCUCGGCAGUCUUUCCUGCCGAUGCUCCCGCUUAUCUGGGGAAGUUGUUGAUCUUUCAAUCUCGCGUAUCUCAAUAUUGCUUGUGGUCUGUUCCGAAAGGCACGGCAGUUAUGAUCAUUGCCUUGUGCUGGCCAAUUACAGUGAUAAUAUUAAUGCCAGCAGCAGCGCCCCCUCCCCCCAUGACCUCUUGGUUCGGUGAUAGGUGGCCUUAUUGCCGUAAGGCCCCUUUUUCUCGCGCUCCGAAGAGAACGACAUUUCGGAACGCUGCGGCCGGAAUUCCGGGACGGGUCCUACUCGUGACCGCAAUAUGGCAGGGGGUGGGACCUCGUGAUCAGGGCAAUUAUUUCUAUUGUUUCGGUUGUUGGGGUUCCUCUCCCCCCCUACCCCAACACGUUUGAUUGUCCUUCCGCUGUGUUACAUGGUACGUCAUAUUUUUUCAGCGUUUCACCUUGGAUCUUCCUUCAAUCAAAGGGUAGCAAUUCCCUUGCAAUAUUAUUUCAGGUGUUACGCUUACUUGAACAGGCCACUCCGUCUUACCGUUUGCUUACACAAUAUUGGAAGUUUUUCUCCUGUUCGUGGCUGGUACGUCAUUCAGCUUUUCUUCGUUCAUUUUUUUCUGUUUUCUGUUUUUGUUUUACCAGGACUUCUCUUCUGCUGUUGCCCCACAUGUGGGCAUCUUGUGCGGUUAACGAACUGAUCCAACCAACCAAAUGACCGGUCCUCCGCGGAACAGUCCGUGAUAUUGUUACUACAUAGUAGUACUUAUUCGUUCACAUCAUCAUAACCCCUUAGUCUAAAACUAUUUAAGAACUGGAACGACGGCC